CUAUCUGUUCAGUUUGCACCCUAACGGGGCGAUAGUGUUCAGUUUGACCUUUACGGGGCUGUGCUGCCGGACUACCCUCUGUGAGCAGGGGCUACUCCGAAAGAACGUUUCAAUGAGUUUGGCUCCUUCAACCAUGGUAUUGAUUCACUGGGUGAACAUGCUAUAGCGGUUUGGUGGAGUCUCUCUUCGAAGGCGUUGCCAAACAAAGAUUAGGUGCAGAGAAUAUCUCCCUCCAUCCCGUUCUACAUCUCUCUCUCUCUCUCAGAUCGCUCGCUGAAACGACCGAGUCAUAAUCUAUUGAGAAACUUCUCUCGGAGUUACUACACCUUCACCAACCGGAGCAUCGCCGCCGAUUAUUCACACUCGCUAAUCGAACCUUGGGCAAGCUCUCCCUCAGUAUGAUAUAAACUGAAGGCUUUGCUCAGCUCGAGCCUCGACUGGAAGAUUUUAGGGUUUUGAUUUGGUGAAGCAUACGAAUUUGGGGUUUUAAUAGCUUGUUGAACAAAAAAGAGAGAGAAGCUUUUCGACUGGUUUAUGUGAAAAUUGUAGGGUUUCCAUCUUGGGACUGUUUUUGACUAGAUAAAUUUGAUCUUUUUCUCCGUUUGACCACUUAAAAUUGGGAUUUUGAUAUGGUGCAACUCUAGGAAUUUGAGUUUUUAUGAGUGUUUGACCUAGUAGUUUGGUUUCUGAUUGGUUUAAACGGGAAAAGGCAGGGUUUUGAUCUCGGGUUUGUUCAAAUUGCGAAUGGGGGACGAAAGGCCGAAUGCAAUGAAUCUGGACUUGAAUUUGGGUCCUUCUCCUUCUCUUGAUAAUGAUCCGGGAUUUAUAACGUUGUCCAACGAGGCAGUGACCUUGGAUGACUGGAUCGGUGGACAGAGUGUUAAUCGAGUUAGGGAAUCUGAUAGGUUGAGGUUUAGGGCUAGGGGAUGGACAUCGGUGUGGCAACCGAGACCGAUCACCCCUGAAACUAGGAACAUUGCCCUGGAGUUGAUGAUGAAUUCCAGUAGUGUUGGUGGUAGUAGUUUACAAGCUGGGGAGGGCAGUGUCCCCUCUGAGGUAAAAGAUAAUGAAGCAUCUAAAAUGCGUGAAAAUAACGCAAACCAAGAAGGGGAUGGGUUAAUAGGAAAAAGGGAAGAUGAGGAAAAGGGUAGUAAAGAGGAAGAAAGCUUUUUCGAUUGUAACAUAUGCUUGGAAUUACCUAGGGAUCCUAUUGUGACUCCUUGUGGUCACCUGUUUUGUUGGCCAUGCAUAUAUCGUUGGCUACAUGUUCACUCAGACGCCAAGGAAUGUCCAGUGUGCAAGGGGGAGGUGACAAUUAAGAAUAUGACUCCUAUUUAUGGCCGUGGGAACAGUAAUCAUGAGCUAGAGGAGGAUCCAAAUCUUAUUUAUGGGUGUGGGAGCACUAUUCAUGAUCCGGGUGAGGAUCCGGGUCUUAAGAUCCCUACUAGGCCGCAUGCACGGAGGAUUGAGGGCUGGAGGCAAACUUUUCAGAGAAACGGAUUUCCUUUUCCAAUGGAGGAAAUGAUUAGGCGUCUCGGCAGUAGAUUUGAUUUGACUAGGGAUUUGGUGCAAGUUUACUCACAGAAUACAGACAAUGCACAAAAUCAUUCAUCCGCAAGAAGUAACUCCUUGCUUAAUCGGAUUCUAACUUCUAGGGGAAUGCGAAGAGAACACAAUACAGUGGUGGGGGGAGAUGAGGUGGUUGAUGCUGAGGUGCCACAAGAUGGAAUUCACCGGCAUUCAUCACUUUUACAUCGAAGAUCAAAUACACAGCGGGCUUAUACAGUUGCCGAUCUUACAUCUGCAUUGAGUUCCACCGAAACACUUGUGUCGUCGUAUUUUCAAUAUUACCAUGUCGAAGGAAAUCAAGAACAGCCUCCAGCGGUGGAUGAUAGGGAUUCUGUGUCAAGCAUUGCUGCAGUUAUACGCUCUGAGAGUCAGACGGUGGACACUGCUGCAGAAAUAGAUUCUACAGUGUCCCUCUCCACUUCAUCAUCCAGAAGACGCAAUGAUGGUUCUAGGGUUUCAGAUGUGGACAGCGGUGAUUCCAGACCAUAUAGAAGGAGAAGAUUUAAUUGAGCGCUUGAUAGUCCAGUCACGUAUUUUGAAUCGUUCUAGCAUGCCUUUUAAUCGACUGUGGCGGUUUGCAUGGCAAAUCAAAUGGGCAGUGAAGUAUGCAGGCAAACUUGCUCAUUGCUUGUGUACACAUCCUUUAAACUAUCCUUAUUUACAUUUGUACAUUAGCUUUCAAUUCCCGAGUUUUCCCUUGAAUCUACUGCUGUUUUUAUUUGUUGAUGCAAUUCUUCAUGUAUAAAUCUACAUCAUGUAUUCUAUUGUUUGAUGACAACUGCGUUGUCCGUAGAUAAUGUUGGUUCCCUAGGCUUUUGUGUCAACUUGCUGCAUGUGACAUGACAAGGGAAGUAGCAAGCGUAGUUAUUGCAGGAGCUACUACACUGGCUUUGAUCCUCUUUAGUAGCAGGCAAUGUAGUAACUUGCUCUACUGAUUGCAGUCAUAUUAAGUCGAAGUGAUUUAUCCCAGGUGGUUUAAUGUUUUCCAGUGCAUCUGCAACCUGAUUCUUGGUUCUGGGCGUGUAAUUAGAGGUGAUCUUUCGGAUCCAGAGUAUCAACUCGUGAUAUUCGCGAUACAGGAUCAACUUAGGCUCUUUGGCCUUCCGAUUUCCCACAGCUGGCAUGUAAUGGGUAGUCUCCAUAGACCUCGAUGUCCCUUAUGCCGAAGGCUGCUUUUAGACCCAUGAUACACAUUCUUAUUUUUUAUUUUUAUUUUUUUUCGAGUCUUGAUAUGGGUUAUGUAAUUACUCAUUUUCAUCCCAAACUGAUACUGAUAUAACUGUUUAUUGAAGCUACUCUCCAUUCGUGUGAGCCUGAAGGUCAGCAUGAUUGGUUAUAUUUA